UACCGAAACAAAAAUUCAAAUCUAAAUAGUAUCUUUCUUUAAUUUUGUUGAUUACAAAUCGAUUUAUCAGAUUAAAUUAACAUUUCUUAUCCCAGAAAUAAAUUUUGGGGGAAGUUGACAAUCUUGAGAAACCAAGGUAAUCGGGAACGGAGGAGCAUGGAGGCGGAGGUGGAAGCAGCCAAAAAGAGAUGCUGCGUGCUGAUAGAGAAAAUAGAUUGUUUGGGUGUCGCCACCAUCAAUUCAAAUUGCAAGCACACACUCCUCAAGUUGGCCCAUUCCGAGCUCUCUUUUCUCUCUCGUUUCCCCAUUAACCCAACCCCUUCUCAACCUCUCAGCGUCAACCUUGGGCACCUAGAAGCCAUUGUCUACAUUCUUCGACAGCCUUUUAUAACUGCAGUUUCCCGUGUUUGCAAGCCACUUCCCCUUCCAUUUUCAAAUAAACUUAAUAAAACCUUUCAUGCUUCAUCUUCCCCUUCAAAUUCCAUCCAUGUCCAUAUUGUAUGUAAUCUCAACAAAAACCCAGUUUGGGUUAUUGUUUCUGAUAGAAACCCAAAUUACAUUACUUGGCAUUCAUGUAACAAAACCAAGGGUUUGAAGUCAAGAAUUCAGCAAGUCCUUGAUGCAACAAAGUCAACCAAUACCUUAAGACCUUACUCUAUUAUCCUUUUCUUUUCAAAUGGACUUACCACUUUUAACCAACAGAAGCUUAAGGAUGAAUUUGGGGCCUUCAAGCCAGCAUGGGAGUUCUCGAAUUCUGAUUUUGAUUUUGCUGAGGAAAUUGAAGGUGAAUGGGUUCAUGUAAUUUCGGGGUUGUAUAAGGAGGCAUGUGUACUUGAAAUUAAGGUUGAUCGUGAUGUGAGCAUAACUUCUGAGCGUGGAAUUAAAGAUUCGUUUGUGAAUGUUUUUUCUCCUGAGCAUCAAGGAGAAAAUGUGGAUCCAAACUUAGGCUCUGGUGAUUCUUUUUCUGCUCUUCUUUCACAAAUGAAAAAGGUUGAAUCUGCUAAGAUGGAGAAUUUUACCCAUGAGGAUGAUUUUAUCAACUUUGAUACAACGGCUUUGAUAGCUCUUGUAUCAGGAAUUAGCAAUGGUUGUGCAGAGGAACUUUUGAAUAAACCAGAAGUUGAAUUGCGGCAUCGGUUCAAGGGAAAUUAUGACUUUGUGAUUGCCCAGGCAAUGUCUGAACUUGAGAACCCAAUACAUGCGGAAUUCAGUGCUGCUAUAUCUGGAAAGAGAGGCAUGAUAUGUGAGUGUGUUCUUUCAGAGUUCAAGGAGCUAGUAUCAAUGUGUGGAGGAGCUAAUGAGAAAUGCAGAGCUGAUCAGCUACUGAAAUGCCUCCUGGUCGUGCGAGACAGACCUUCUGAACGAUUGAUAGGCCUACCAACUACAAGAAAGUUGGCACUGAAAAACAAGAUUGUGUUUGGAACUGGUGAUUACUGGCGUGCUCCAACUUUGACUGCAAAUAUGGCAUUUGUGAGAGCAGUAGCUCAAACAGGGAUGUCUUUGUUUACCAUUGAGCAUAAACCACGUGCUUUAACCGGUGACUAGUUGUACUAACCGGUCGGGCAUGCUGGUAAGAGGAAACCCAUUUUUCGGUUAAAGCACUCUAGGGCUAUGUUUAUGGUUGUCACCUGUAUCUCCUAUAUGGUUUGACCAAACUUGCAUUUUCACUAACAGUCAACUGUUUUUAUCAGAAAGAGACAUUUAA